AUGAAACUGAGAGUGAGAUCCAUAGAAACCAAAGAGACCCUCCGAGUCGAGGUCCCCAAUCUCUGCUCUCUCCACCAGCUCAAGCUAACCAUCUCCCAAUUGAUCUCAGCGUCUCCUUCCUCUCUACGCCUCUCCCUCAACCGACGCGACGAGCUCCACGCGUCCUCUCCUGACGACUCGCUUCACUCCCUCGGCCUCACCUCCGGUGAUCUUAUCUUCUACACCGUGGACCCCUCCUCCCAAACCCUAGCUCCACCUCCGCAUUCAAUUUCACAUUCGUCCGUACAAUCCCAUAACCAAAUCCUCACCACUGGUGUGCCUCAAGGUUCGAAUUUCCAAAACCCUGAAACCCUAAUUGGCGAAGGGUCUGCCGCGGGUGAUUCGAUUGCUGAAGAACAGAGGUCUCUGGUUUCGAAUUCGGAAACCCUAGUGGCUUCUGGUUCUGAAAGCAUGGAAAUUGAUGAUGGGUCUGAUGGGAUAGGGUUGAAAAAGUACUCGGUGCCCUUUUUCUUGAAGAGGGCACUGAGGGAGGAGUUGGGAGAAGACCGUAGCAAUCACAAGCUAUUGGUGAUUGCUGUUCAUGCUGCGGUCUUAGAGUCCGGUUUCGUCGGGUUCGAUUCCGUUUCGGGUAUGGGGGCCAAUCGGUUUCAUCUCGCUGAUGAAUGGCCAAGGACAGCUGUCACGAUGUCGCUUUCCUAUACUUUGCCUGAGAUUCAGAAAAAUCGUGGCAAUAAUGGUAAUGGGGUUGAAGGGGUUAUGUUGAAAUUUCAGAGCUUGGGGCGGUUUGUUAAUGUUUAUGGGUCUUUGGCCAGUGGUGGUGCUGGACCUUAUCGGGUAUGUUUGGACGAACACAGAUUUGCCCCCAUCAUUGAAUCUGUUUGGGAAAACAGAAAUGUGAAUGAGAGAGAUGGGUUAGUCUCAGAAAGAGAGGUUUUUGAGUUUUGGAAGAUUGUGAAGGAUGGGAUCACAUUGCCAUUGCUGAUUGAUCUUUGCGCAAAGGCCGGUUUGCCCGCCCCACCGAGCCUGAUGCGCCUUCCACCGGAGAUCAAAAUGAAGAUUUUGGAGCCACUAUCUGGUGUGGACAUUGCCAAAGUGGGUGGUGUUUGUAAGGAGCUGCGAAAUCUUGCUAAUAAUGAUGAGUUGUGGAAGAAAAAGUAUGCUGAGGAGUUUGGUAGUGGUACUGGAGGAGAAGGAACAAUGAUUAACUGGAAGCAUAAGUUUGCUAGAAAUUGGGAGAUUGCGGAGCAACAAAGGAAGGCAGUAGGGCAUUGGAGAUCAUAUGAGAGGCCUUAUUUCAACCGUAUCAGGAGGGACCCUAACCCAUUGUUUGUACCUCCAGUUACUGGUAUAAUUGGUGGAGAUUAUGACCGCUUUCCGGUCUUUGGUGCCCUUAAUCCUACUGGACAACCACACCCUAUUCUACAACCACCCCGUCGGUUUCCAGCACGCCGUAAUUUCUCACCAAAUUGCAAUCUGGAAGGGUUCCUUGGCUAG